AUGAGCUACCUUCUUCACAGGAGGAACAAGUUCUUAUCUUUGAUCAGAAGACAGUACCUGAUCCUCCCGACUCUCUCCUCCGAAACUAAAACCCUUCGAAACCCAGAUCCUCACAUCCCCCAAUUUCAAAACCCUUCUUCGAUUUUCACUAAAUCUCACUCCUAUGCAACCCAAUCCUCCAAGUUCCCGGAGUACGAGAUGCCCACAGUCACAUGGGGAGUCGUACAAGGGAAGAAAGAGAAGCUCGUGAAUCGCGUCAAAAUCUGCGAUUACCUCAAGGGUUUAGGCAUAAUCACCGACGAAUUGGAGAGCAUCGAGCUACCUUCCACAAUCGAAGUCAUGUGCGAGCGCGUCGAGUUUCUACAGAAGCUCGGAUUAACAAUUGACGACAUCAAUGAGUAUCCUUUGAUGCUAGGCUGCAGCGUGCGUAAGAAUCUGAUCCCAGUCUUAGCUUACUUAGAGAAAAUCGGAAUCUCUAGGUCGAAAUUGGGUGAAUUCGUUAAGAACUAUCCUCAGGUUCUCCACGCUAGUGUAGUCGUUGAGCUUGCUCCUGUGGUUAAGUUUCUUAGAGGGCUCGAUGUUGAGAAGCAAGAUCUUGGCUAUGUGUUGAUGAAGUAUCCAGAGCUGCUAGGGUUUAAGCUCGAAGGCACAAUGAGCACAUCGGUUGCUUAUUUGGUGAGCAUUGGUGUGAGUCCUAGAGACAUUGGUCCAAUGGUGACACAGUAUCCUUACCUUUUAGGGAUGAGAGUUGGAACCAUGAUCAAACCUCUUGUGGAGUACCUAAUCUCAAUCGGUUUGCCUAAGAAAAUCGUUGCUAGGAUGCUGGAGAAGCGUGCUUACAUCAUCGGAUACAACCUAGAGGAGACUGUUAAACCGAACGUUGAUUGCUUGAUUAGCUUUGGUGUCAGGAGAGAGGUGUUGGCUUUGGUUAUAGCACAGUAUCCUCAGAUUCUUGGUUUACCGGUGAAGGCAAAGAUGUCUACGCAACAGUACUUCUUUAGCUUGAAGCUCAAGAUUGAUCCUGAAGGGUUCGCUCGUGUGGUUGAGAGAAUGCCGCAGAUUGUUAGCCUUAAGCAGAACGUGAUAAUGAAACCUGUUGAGUUUCUGUUGGGGAGAGGGUUUCAGGUGGAGGACGUGGCGAGGAUGGUUGUGAGAUGUCCUCAGAUUCUUUGUUCGAAAGUGGAGCUCAUGAAGAACAGUUACUACUUUUACAAGACGGAGAUGGGGAGACCGAUGAAGGAUCUUGUGGAGUAUCCUGAGUAUUUUACGUAUAGCUUGGAGUCGAGGAUUAAGCCGAGGUAUCAGAAGCUACAGGGUAAAGGGAUUAGGAGUUCUUUGAAUUGGUUUCUUAAUUGUAGUGACCAGAGGUUUGAGGAGCGGCUUGAAGGUAACUUUAUUGAUCCGGAUAGUGAAGAAGGUCCGGUGUUUGAUAUGGGUGGGAAGUUGGAAAUGCCUGGCGGUGGUGGUGAGAUUGUGUCUGAUGCGGAUGAAGAAGAUGAGAGUGAUGAUGACGUUCUCUAUAGACGCACUGUCACUUUGUAG